ACGCAACGGACAGACUAAAAUUUACAUUAACAUUGACUAAUGACCGUUUCUCAAUUCUCCUUAAGCCUAGUCCAACCAUCGCCAUUCUUUUCCUUCAAAAUCAACCAAAAUCAUUUUUCAUUUUCUCUCUUUUAAGCCCUGCUACCUCCUACCUUCUCCUGUUUCUCAACUCAAGAAAUGGUGUAAAUGAUGUGAUCUGGGAGAGGUUGGUGAGUGAGAUAUUGCAGAGAACGAUAUGAGUUGCGGUUGUUUUGGUGGAUCAGUUGUUAAGCGGAGACAGAGCACCGCUCGGGCCACCGGCGGUAUAGACGAGCAAUUAAUUCGGACAGUCAACCAUUUCUCAUACGAUCAAUUAAAAUUAGCCACAGAUGAUUUUCAUUCAAGCAAUAAAAUAGGUCGUGGAGGUUUUGGAACCGUUUACAAGGGAAUUCUAAAAGAUGGAACUGAAGUUGCUGUGAAGACACUUGCAGCACAAUCGAAGCAGGGAGCUCAUGAAUUUUUGACGGAGAUCAAUACUAUAUCAAAUGUCAAGCAUCCGAACCUUGUAGAGCUGAUCGGGUGUUGCAUUCAAGGAGCUAAUCGUAUAUUGGUCUAUGAAUACGUUGAAAAUAAGAGUCUUGAUAAAGUUUUAUUAGACCAAAGGAGUACGAAUAUCCAACUGGACUGGAGCAAAAGAUCUGCUAUUUGCAUGGGUAUAGCUAGGGGUCUUGCUUUCCUUCAUGAAGAACUUGUUCCACGUAUCGUUCAUAGAGACAUCAAAUCUAGUAACAUACUUCUUGACAAAGACUUUAACCCUAAAAUUGGAGAUUUUGGGUUGGCUAAACUUUUUCCAGAUAACAUCACUCAUAUUAGUACCAGGAUAGCAGGAACAACUGGUUAUUUGGCCCCGGAAUAUGCUUUGGGUGGUCAGUUAACCAUGAAGGCUGACGUUUAUAGUUUCGGUGUACUUGUGCUCGAAAUAAUUAGUGGACGAAGUAGCUCAAAGACAAACUGGGGAGGCACGAUGAAGUUACUUUUGGAAUGGGCAUGGCAGCUCCAUGAAGAAGGCAAGCUCAUAGAGUUCGUGGAUCCUGAGCUCGGAGAAUUCCCGGAGGAAGAAGUCCUUAGGUACAUGAAAAUAGCCUUUUUCUGCACGCAAGCAGCAGCCAAUCGAAGGCCUUUAAUGAGUCAGGUUAUUGAAAUGCUGGGAAGAAACGUUCGGCUGAAUGAGAAAGAACUCACGGCACCAGGAUUCUUUCAAGAUGGAGAGGCAUCUUCGAGUAAAAAGUCGCUUGAAUCAUCUGCCGCGACCAGCUAUCAGAUGAGUUCUGUUCCAGUCACUAUUACUGAGGUGAUUCCCAGGUGAAAGAUUCAAGUGCUACUUUUUAAUUAUUAUUUUCUGGUUAUGAAGGCUUGAAAGCAUAACAAGAGAGCAUAAAGUUUACUCUGUUUUUUCCCCCCUUUUUUGACAUUGAAAAUGACGUUGAAGGGCCUGAUGUUGGCGCAAUAUAUCCCAUUAGUUUUAACGAAGUUGAAGGGCCUGAUGGUGGUGCAGUAUAUCCCAUUAGUUUUAGACUAGUUUUGCAAUUUUUAUUGUUUAUACUUUGUUAGUGAUUAUUAUUAAAUUAAUACAGAAUACAGGAAUUUUUAUUGGAA